AUCGCGUCUUGUCUGUGGUCAGUACUCUAUAUAUGUUUUGUAGUCCGUCUGUUUACGUCUGACGCGCUGCUUAAUGGUUAUUAAUUAUUGGAGUUUGGGCCCUGACCAGAUACGGUCACUACUACUCAUUACGCACACGGUACACACUACACACAUAUAUAAAAACAUUUACAUAAUAUCAUAUUAAUAUCUGCGCAUUUUAUUUAUAAACCGUUGAAUGGUUCUUGAAAAAAAUUCUUUGACCCAAAUAUUCGACGUGCUCAUGAAUGUAUAGCAGGAGUAGAGUGUUGCGUUUAUUCAGUGACAUUUUACGGUUAAGAAACAAUAUCGGUAUAAUUAGGACGAGGACCAUGAGUCAAGGCGAAUCGGUGGACUACAAGGCAGACUUAAAAAAACGUUUAUCACCCAUUCAAUACCAUGUUACUCAAGAAAAAGGAACAGAGAGAGCUUUUACUGGCAAGUUUAAUAAGACUACGGAGGCUGGUUUGUAUACUUGUGUAGUAUGCAACGAACCAUUAUUCACUUCGGAAACAAAAUUCGAUUCUGGCUGUGGUUGGCCAGCUUUCAAUGACGUUAUUGACCAGAAAAAAGUCAAAUUAACGACUGAUACUUCAAAUGUUGGAGCAAAUUUGCUGUUAUUGAUAACCAAUCCAGGUAUGAUAAGAACUGAAGUGCAGUGUGGGAAAUGUGAUGCACAUCUAGGACAUGUUUUUAAAGACGGCCCACCACCAACAGGACGAAGAUUUUGUAUUAAUAGUGCUUCAAUGAAUUUUCAUCCAAUAAAUCCAGAAAAAUAAUAACUAUUACAUGAAAUAUUGGUGUAAUAUAUUGUUUGCAGAGUUACUUACUACAUAUUUAUUAACACAAAAUGGAUUUUAGUCAACAUAAACAUGUUAAUAUUUAUUUGUGGAAGUUUUCAUAAUAAACUAAUAUUUUAUCGUGUCAAUGAUAAUUCAACUAUUAAUUAUCACCUAAUAAGAAAAUAUUGUGAUUUAAUGU